CAGGAACAAUAACAGUGGGGGGAGCCCGGGUCCCGGGGAGCCGCCCCCGCCCCCCGGCCCGGCCGCGCGGCUCGCGCCCCCCGCCGGGUCCCCACCUCCGCGCCCGCCCCGCGGGCUGACCGGCCCGACCGGGGCCCGCCCCCGGCGCCCACCAUGUACGCCUUUGUGCGGUUCCUGGAGGACAACGUCUGCUACGCGCUGCCAGUGUCGUGCGUGCGCGACUUCAGCCCCCGCUCGCGGCUGGAUUUUGACAACCAGAAGGUGUACGCCGUGUACCGGGGCCCGGAGGAGCUGGGCGCCGGGCCCGAGAGCCCCCCGCGCGCCCCCCGCGACUGGGGCGCGCUGCUGCUCCACAAGGCCCAGAUCCUGGCGCUGGCAGAAGACAAAUCUGACCUUGAAAACAGUGUGAUGCAGAAGAAAAUAAAAAUCCCCAAACUUUCUCUCAAUCACGUAGAAGAAGAUGGGGAGGUUAAAGAUUAUGGGGAAGAAGAUUUACAGCUUAGACACAUCAAGAGACCCGAGGGGCGGAAGCCGAGCGAAGUGGCGCAUAAGAGCAUUGAGGCCGUGGUGGCCCGGCUGGAGAAGCAGAACGGCCUGAGCCUGGGCCACAGCACGUGUCCAGAGGAGGUCUUCGUGGAGGCCUCGCCGGGCACGGAGGACAUGGACAGUCUGGAGGAUGCCGUCGUGCCCCGGGCUCUGUACGAGGAGCUGCUGCGCAAUUACCAGCAGCAGCAGGAGGAGAUGCGCCACCUCCAGCAGGAGCUGGAGCGGACUCGGAGGCAGCUGGUCCAGCAGGCCAAGAAGCUCAAGGAGUACGGGGCACUCGUGUCGGAAAUGAAGGAGCUCCGCGACCUCAACCGGAGGCUCCAGGACGUGCUGCUCCUAAGGCUUGGCAGUGACAACCUUCGGGAAGGAGCAGAGCAGAAGGUAGUAUUCAUCACGGGACGAGUCCACCCAGGGGAAACACCCUCUUCAUUUGUGUGCCAAGGGAUCAUUGACUUCCUCAUAAGCCAGCACCCUAUUGCCCGUGUCCUACGGGAACACCUGGUCUUCAAGAUUGCACCAAUGCUCAACCCUGAUGGAGUCUACCUGGGCAAUUACAGGUGCUCUCUGAUGGGGUUUGACCUGAACCGUCACUGGCUGGAUCCCUCUCCGUGGGCCCACCCUACCCUGCACGGAGUGAAACAGCUCAUCAUCCAGAUGUACAAUGACCCAAAAACAAGCCUGGAGUUUUAUAUUGACAUCCACGCCCACUCCACCAUGAUGAAUGGCUUCAUGUACGGCAACAUCUUUGAAGAUGAGGAACGAUUCCAGAGGCAGGCCAUUUUCCCCAAGCUCCUCUGCCAGAAUGCUGAGGAUUUCUCCUACUCCAGCACAUCCUUUAACCGGGAUGCUGUGAAAGCAGGAACCGGACGUCGCUUCCUCGGUGGGCUACUGGACCACACUUCCUAUUGCUACACCCUGGAGGUCUCCUUCUAUAGCUAUAUCAUCGGAGGUACCACGGCCGCUGUGCCCUACACUGAGGAAGCCUAUAUGAAGCUGGGAAGGAACGUGGCGAGAACGUUUUUGGAUUAUUAUCGGCUGAACCCCCUGGUCGAGAAAGUGGCAAUUCCCAUGCCGAGGCUGCGGAAAGAAAAGCCCCCUCCCUACAAGCACCCACUCCUGCGGGGCCCAGCCAGGAACCACCCCAACGGCAAAGGGGACAAGAAGAGCUCCGUGAACCACAAAGACCCUUCAAACUCUUUUUAAGGACAUGGAGUCCAGGAGGUCUUGUGGAGGCAGGAGCAUGCGUUUUCUGCUGGGGCAUGAAAUUAAUCACCCUUCUCUAGUUUCCAAGUUAAAGGGUGUGGAAUAAUGAAUAAGCUAGCGAAGGGGAAGGAAAAAUGAGAAACCUCACUGUCAAUUUUCCCUUUUACCAAUGGAAAAUCAAUUGUGGGACUUCAGCUUAAGGCUCAGGAACAAAAUAGGAGGCUCAAACCAAGUGAGUACAGAUGCUAUUUUCCCCAGCACAGAGAUCCUCACAGCAAGAGGAAAAGCUACACGUCCCUUUUGAGAGGUUUGACACAUCUCAGGUCAGUGCUUCCGAAGCCCCGUUACCUUUUAAAGUUGUAUACCUACCACAGGUGGUUACCUUCUAGACCAGGUGAAGCCCCGUUACCUUUUAACGUUGUAUACCUACCACAGGUGGUUACCGUCUAGACCAGGUGAUGGUUGUUCACGGUUUUAGAAAGGCCCCGUCCAUACCUCCUGAUCCAAAACACCAUCAGUGACUCCUACAACCCAAAGACAAAUAUGCCGUUGGGAACUGUAGGACAGAGUUGUUGAAAUCACAGGGGUCCGAGGCAUUUUGUCGUGGUGUCUCUGAGCUGCGUGCAUUCCCCAGUGACCUGGGUGCUUGAACUGAAACCGUAUUGGUCACUCAUUCCAAGAGGUCCGUCAUGGUUCAGAUCUCCAGAUCCUGGUGCCAGGGACCAAACCUGGCCCCUGAAGAGGUGGGUAUGGAUACUCUGCAAUAGGGGAAGGAUGACUGCCAGGUGAGGGAGAUGCAGAAGACAGGAGAAUGCCUCCCCCCACCCCAGGCAGGGGGCUGAUAAAAUAAAACAGCCGCAGUGGGGCUAAAUAUUGUGCAUUUUUCUAAAGAGUAAAGUGCCUUUGUAUGAUGAAUGGGUCCAGAGGAGUCUGCUCCCUUCCUUUCCGUGAAGCGGGCAGGCUGAGUCACCAUGACAGCCUGCUAAUUAAAAUGACCUCCCGGAAAUGAGGAUUCGGAGAUCGGGAGAGGAAGGAAGGCUCAGGGGAGAUAGGGGCCUUUAGCAGAAAGCUCCAGUUAAGCAUUCUUUUGCGUUGGGAUGGGGGAUUUUUGAAGUUUGUUGCAAAAACUGAGAGCAAAGCUUGUUCUCCCUUUGCUUAUUGGUUUUCAGAAAUGAUAACAAAGAACCAUAUGUUAGUUGGCUACAAAUGUUGUGUUGUAUAUAUAGCUUCUCCUCUGGGUUCUUUUCGCCCAGAGGAACACAAAUAAAGUGGUUUA